AUGCGAUACCGGCUCCGUCCCUUCCACAGUUUACUGCAUGAAUGGACGAGGAAAGGACCAACGACCCCUGACGCCAAGCGCCCCGAGUCCCCCUUCCGUCCCCAUGGGGCCUGUCUUCUCUGGCUCCUACUGGCUGCGCUCUGCCUCCCGAGUUCGACCCAGGCAGCCGUUUUCUGGGUGGGCGUGGUGGGGCCAUGGUCAUGUGACCCUCUCUUUGCCAAGGCACUGCCCAGAGCUGCGGCGCAGCUGGCUGUGGACAGGAUCAACAAGGACAGCUCUCUGUCACUGCCCUCCACCUUCAACUACGUCAUCCUGGACGAGGACUGCCAGACAUCCCGGGCUCUGAGGGUGUUCAUGGACUACCAGACCCGGGUGUCCGCCUUUGUGGGGCCCACCAACCCCGGCUACUGUGACUCGGCCUCUCUGCUGGGCAAGAGCUGGAACAAGGCCGUGUUCUCCUGGGCCUGCAUCGGCCACGAGCUGGACGACUCCCGCAGCCACUCCACUCUGGUCCGCACAGCGCCCUCGCCCAUCUGGGUGUUGCUCAGCUUCCUGCGCCACUUCCGCUGGGCGCAUGUGGGCGUCGUCUCAUCAGUGGAGGAGGGCUGGGUUGAGACGGCCGACAAGGUGGCCAACGCUCUGCGCAGCCACGGCCUGUCUGCACGCAUUGUGGCCACCGUGACCAAUGACCCUGACAGCGUGGGUCAGACCCUAGCCGAUGUCAAGAGGGUGGACGACCUACGUGUGGUGAUCCUCUGCAUGCACUCGGUGCUGAUUGGUGGGGAGACGCAGAGGCUGCUGCUGGAGAAGGCCCACGACAUGCAGAUGACGGAGGGCUCCCUGGUGUUUGUGCCCUACGACACGUUGCUGUACAGCCUGCCGUACCACAACGUGCGGCACCCGGCCCUGCGCAACAACAGCAAGCUGCUCCGCGCCUACGACGCCGUACUCACCGUCACCAUGGAGUCCGAGGAGGACACCUUUUACCAGGCCUACCAGGAGGCCAUGGACCGCGGGGAGAUCCCUACCAACUUCAAGCCGUACCAGGUGUCCCCUCUGUUCGGCACCAUCUACAACUCCAUUCUGCUCAUGGCCUAUGCCAUGCAGAGUGUGCGGCUCUCGGGGGCGUGGGUGUCGGCGGCCAAUCUGGUGCGACACUCCCGCAGCCUCGACUUCUACGGCUUCAACCAGCGCAUCCGCACCAACGCCUCCGGCGCUGGCAUGACCGACUUUGUGGUGCUGGACACGGAUGGGCGGUCUUGGGAGCUGCACCCCACCCACCAGGUGGACACGGAGACGGGGAUGCUGAGGUUCCUGGGCCGGGCCGUCCACUUCCCCCGCGGGGUCUCCCCGAAAACAGACUCCAAUUGCUGGUUCACCCAUGGUAUCCUCUGCACUGGAGGAGUGGACCUGUUCUCCGCAGUCAUGGCCCUUGUGAUGCUCUACUCCGUGCUGAUCGGUUUGCUGGGGUUCAUGUACGCUGUAAGGAGACGCAUCAACCAGUUGCGGCUGGUCCGUGGUCCCAACAAGAUCAAGCUGACCCUGGCGGACCUCACUUUCAUCAACCCGUCCAUAAGCAACCAGGUCAGCUCUGCUGGGUUUCAAAGGGGCCAGGAAGCGGAGGGGUCUCUACUGAACACAGCUGAGGGGCAGUCCAAUGCUGACCGCAGCAUUAAAUCAGUAGUUUCCUGCUCCAGUGUCACCCCAGUCACCCACGAGAACUCCAAUGUGGCCAUCUAUGAGGGAGACUGGGCUUGGUUGAAAAGACUGCCAUAUGGAACCUUCUCAGUCAUCAACCCAAAAACCAGCGAUGUCUUUGAGUUGAUGAAGGACCUGAGGCACGAGAACGUCAACCCGUUCCUGGGGUUCUUUCACGACUGUGACAUCUUCGGCAUCGUCACCGAAUUCUGCUCGCGGGGCAGCAUGGAGGACUUGCUGCAAAACCAGGACGUCAAACUGGACUGGAUGUUCAAGUCCUCUCUGCUGCUGGACCUCAUUAAGGGCAUGAAGUACCUCCAUCACAGAAACAUAUGCCAUGGACGGCUGAAGUCACGGAACUGUGUGGUGGACGGCCGCUUCGUACUCAAAGUCACCGACUACGGCUACAACGAGGUGCUGGACGCCCAGAAAUUCCCCUAUGUGGAGCCGCCUGCAGAGGAGCUGCUGUGGACGGCUCCUGAGAUCCUGCGGGGCUCGUACCCGGGGCUGUACGGCACCCUGCCGGGGGAUGUGUACAGCUUCGCCAUCAUCGUGCAGGAGGUGGUGAUGCGGGGGCCUCCGUUCUGCAUGCUGGAGCUGUCGGCUCAGGAGCUCAUUCAGAAGAUUAAGAAGCCCCCUCCUCUCUGCCGUCCCAUGGUGACCGCUGACCAUGCCCCUGUGGAGUGCAUCCAGCUCAUGAAGCUGAGCUGGAACGAGCACCCGGAGAAACGGCCCACCUUUGAAGAGAUCUACAACCAGUUCAAGAAUGUGAACAAAGGCAAGAAGACCAACAUCAUCGACUCCAUGCUGCGCAUGCUGGAGCAGUACUCCAGUAACCUGGAAGACCUGAUCCGAGAGAGGACCGAGGAGCUGGAAAUCGAGAAGCAGAAGACUGAGAAGCUGCUCACCCAGAUGCUGCCACCGUCUGUGGCUCAGGCCCUGAAGGUCGGUUGCACCGUGGAGCCGGAGCAUUUCGACAAUGUGACGCUCUACUUCAGCGACAUCGUGGGCUUCACCACCAUCUCAGCCAACAGCGAGCCCAUUGAGGUGGUGGACCUCCUCAAUGACCUCUACACGCUCUUUGAUGCCAUCAUUGGGAACCAUGACGUCUACAAGGUGGAGACCAUUGGUGACGCAUACAUGGUGGCUUCAGGACUGCCGGUCCCCAACGGGAACCGCCAUGCCGCCGAGAUCGCCAACAUGGCGCUGGACAUCCUGAGCGCUGUUGGGACAUUUAAGAUGAGGCACAUGCCCGAUGUUCCGGUCCGCAUCCGAAUCGGCCUGCACUCAGGUCCCUGUGUGGCGGGGGUGGUGGGUCUGACCAUGCCUAGAUACUGCCUGUUUGGGGACACAGUGAACACUGCCUCCCGGAUGGAGGCCACAGGAAUGCCGUACCGCAUCCACGUCAGCCACAGCACCGUCAAGAUCCUUAGGGACCUGAACAUGGGCUAUAAGGUCCAGCUGAGAGGGAAGACGGAAAUGAAGGGGAAGACCAUGGAGGAGACAUACUGGCUGAUCGGCAAGACCGGCUUCACCAAACCACUUCCUGCUCCGCCGGACCAAAAGUCAGAGCAAAUGGCUCAUGGUCUGCAGCUGGAGGAAAUGGCCCAAUACAAGAAGCAGGAAAUGACAAAAGACUUCAAGCUGCUGCUGCAGAAGGCAGUGAGGAAGAUCUCGACUGUGCGGCAGGUAGCACAGCUGACCGUGGUGGAUGAAGGCAAUGUGAUGAUGCACCACCACUGA